AUGGGCACGGGAACGGGCACGGGGAGGGGGAGGGGGAGGGGGAGGUGGGCGGCGCCCCUCCUGCUGUUGCUGCCGCCGCUGCUGCCGCUGCUUCCGCUGCUUCCGCUGCCCGCCGGCGGGGCGGGGGUCUGCGCGGACCAGGGCCGCUGGCCAGUCCCCUACAGGCGAGUCUCGGGCGGGGGCGGGGAGGCCGCCGGGGAGCCCUGGCCGCCGGCUCGGAGCGGAGGCUCCGCCGUCCAGCCAGCCAGCCAGCCGUCCAGGCAGCGCCGCUGGGGCGCGGGCGGCAGGCGCUUCGACGGCCGCCCCCCCGCGGACCCCUUCUGCCGCGCGCGCUACACCUUCUGCCCGGGCGGCCGCGCGCCCCCGGAGGUGCACGAGAAGGACGUCCUGGCCGUGUUCCGCCUGCAGGCGCCCGUCUGGGAGUUCCGGCUCGGGGGCCUCCUCGGCCGCUGGAAAAUCAUGCACGAUGCCGUGGGCUUCCGAAGCUCCUUGACUGGGAAGAACUACACCAUGGAGUGGUAUGAGCUAUUCCAGCUCGGGAACUGCACGUUCCCACACCUGCGGCCUGGCCACCCAGCCCCCUUCUGGUGCAACCAAGGGGCGGCCUGCUUCUAUGAGGGGAUUGAUGAUGCCCACUGGAAGGAGAACGGGACCCUGGUCCAGGUGACCACAAUUUCAGGAGCUAUAUUCAAUCAAAUGGCAAAAUGGGUGAAAUAUGACAACGAAACUGGCAUUUACUACGAGACCUGGACAGUCAAGAGCAGCCCAGGAGAACGUGCCCGGGUUUGGUUUGAGGCGUAUGAAUGCUCCAAAUUUGUCCUGAGGACAUACCAGAAGCUGGCUGAGCUGGGCGCCAUUUUCAGGAAGAUCCAAACAAAUUACACGACCAUUACUCUCUUCAGCGGAGAGCCUACUUGCCUGGGCAAUGAAACCACUCUCUUUGGAGCCAUGGGAAACAAAUCUCUGGCAUUAGCUAUUAGGAAUUUCUACAUGCCUUUCAAGCCUUAUCACUCAGUGAAGGAAUUCUUCCUUAACCUAUUGAGAAUACUUGAGGAGGUUGUUCUGGACCAUCAGUUUUACUUGUUUUAUAAUCUGGAAUAUUGGUUUUUGCCCAUGAAAUAUCCUUACAUGAAGAUAGCAUAUGAAGAAAUUCCAUUGCCUAACUCAAAUGCUACCAGGUUUGAUACGUAAUGCUUGCCUCUUUGUUUCUAACCCCACUGGUGGGCUGAGUACUCUAGGAAGAUGGAACCUGCCUGACCGAAGCUCUGUUUUUGUGCAGCGUAAGAACAGCGUAAGAACAGUGUAAGAACAGGCGUUCCGUGUCGUCAUGCUGGCCACAUGACCCGGAAGUGUCUACGGACAACGCCGGCUCUAAGGCUUAGAAACGGAGAUGAGCACCGCCCCCUAGAGUCGGACACGUCUGGACUUUACAUCAAGGGAAACCUUUACCUUUACCUAAGAACAGAACAGCUGUAACCAGGUCUUUAUCUUGCUGUUUGUUUCCAACAGACCUCUGUCAAGGUGUGUCUCCGUGGAACCGAGCUUCAGUGAAUAGCAAUGUAGUGUAAUGUAACGUAGGGAUUAUACGUGAGUUAGAGAGGAUCAGGGGCUGUGGAUGAUUGUAGCCUAAUACAGGUGGGAAGCAUCAGAUAGAUUGCUAUAAUUGUGCAUCUAAAUUGGUUUAUAGAUCUGCAAAGGUUGUAAAACCAAGGAUUAGCCAUAAAGUUACUUUUUUAUCACGUUCAUAACUACUAAUGGUCGCUAAACAAGGCAGUCACUAAAUGAGGACUACCUGUAAAGACUUGUUUGCAAUCACUCAGCUGACUCAGACUGAAUCAUUCUUUGAUCUUGAAAAAUAAAGGGCUCCAAGAUAUAUUUGGGUUCUGUUUGAUAUACCAGUGUUUUAUGAUGACAAAAGCCUUUGCUAGAUGUGUUCAGGAGUUAAAAAGAAAAAAAAAUUGGAAGGUUCCCCCCCCAUCAGAUUUUAAUUUAGCUAGAAAGGAAAGGGCUUUGCUUUCUGUUCUUGUUUUUGCUAAGGAUCCCAUUUUUCCUUGUAAGCUAGACAAGAGGAAUCAGAGCAGUUUUACCCAUUACAAUAUUCCAUUUUAAUGGGUCUUGUUUGCCUAGUUGGAAAGAGAACUCUUCUAGGUAGGAUUAGAAAAUGAGUGUUUCAGUGACUCUGUCUUGUGUUUUUAGGUUCCUUCU